AUGCUGGAGGAGAAGCUCGUCCAGCCACAAGGCUCCAAGCCCGCCGCAAACAGGGAGCAAAACCACGGGCUCUACAUGCCCCCCCUCCCGCCGCGGGUGUUCCAGCGCCGCCACCCAGGCCCGCCGCAGGGCAGAGAUGCGCCGCCAGCAGCCGGCCCUCAGGACGAGAAAGGAGCCGCCCGCGGAGAGCCCCACCGGGAGGGGAAAGCCACCUGCGCAGGGGACGGAGGCCGACGGGCCCGGCUUCCUCGUCACGGCGAGGCCCAGGCCGCUCCCCCCCACCCGGCCCGGCGUCGCCGGCAGGUCUCCUCACGCCGCCCGCCGAGGCGGCAACCGCGACAGGGAGGCGGCCCUCCGCUGAGAGGCGCCGCCGCCCUCCAGGCCCAGCUUGGCCGGACUAGGCCAGGCCGCCCCGUCCUCCCUCGGCCGCAGGCCUCACCCGGGCCUCGGCGGAGAGAGCGGGGCGGGAGGGGCUCCGAGGAACCCCGCACAGCUCGCGGCCUCCCCCCCCCCCCCAAGGGCGCAUUUACCUGCCGGGGCCUCUGGCGACCCGUCCCGAGUCAGGCGGCGGGACCGAGCCGGAAUUUGCCCGGAGAGGCGUUACGUAAACCGGCGCCGGCCCCGCCGAGGGGAGGGGAGGGGAAGGGAGCGAGGGCCGCCCUCUCCGCCCACUGCGCCAGCGAUAGGCCGCCGCCCGGCUCCGCCCGGAUCCUUCCGCCCGGAGGCCUCUGUAGCGCCGCCCGGGUCCUUAGUGGCCCUUCGUGA